AUGUUGGUUCCAACGGCAUUCACUCAUGUGCUCUUUUUCUUGUUUCUUUUCUCUUCUUCGUUUCAGCUUAGUACUUGUUACAACAACAAAGGGACUGUCUCGGAUGGUCAGUUAUUUCAGCAGUGUGUUGCCUCUCUUUCUGAGACAGAAAAUAACCAAGACAUAAAUUCAUCUCUUGAGACAUUACGAGAUCUUUCUCAUGACUAUUCUCUUGGCCAGGAAGUGUUAAAACCGGGUUUAAGAGAUCAUCUACUAAACUAUAUGAAUAACUUUACAAGUCCAGAAUCAACUCGAUCUUUGGCUUCUAGUGUCUUUGCUUCUGCCUUUGGCAAUAAUCUUGCUGUUCAUGAAUUGUCCGCCGAAGCUAAUCUCAUGCCUUUGUUCAUACAGUCCUUAAAAUAUGAGCCAUCUUUAUCGGUUGUACUAAAAAAGCUAUUCUUGCUUAGUAAAGCUGUAGCUUCCGCAUGGUCAGCACAAGCCUUUGUCCAGAACUCUGGCAUAGAUACCAUUUCUGACUUAUAUUCCACUUGGCUUCAAACGUCAAACACCGAUGUACCUAAAAGUAUUCGUGAGCUACUUCUUGGUAGAAUUGCUAUUCUCUUGGAAUCAUUACAUCCUUACCUUUCGAAGUAUUCAAAAGUUACUGAGAGCUUGGUUCCGAAUUGGUGCUCUGUACUACAAUCACAAGUUCAGUCAAACUGGUCAUCCUACUCUCCAUCAACUUUGGAGCUUCUACUACGUACAAUUGUGUCUAUGCAAGCUGAAUGGGAAGCAUGCCCUAGUACAGUGUUUUACGAAUGGCUUAAUGAUGAUCCAAUUGUAAAACAUCAUUUGAUUCGACAAGAUUCGGGCUUUAGGGAAGAUUUCCUUGAUAUUAUAAACGAAGCUUUAUCCCUUCCUUGGCCAAAAAAGUAUUUUAUUUAA